CGCUGCUUUAAGCCCAACCCGCCCCUCGACCACACAGAGUCGUAAAGCGGCGACCGCCCCACAGGCUGGCACAGGCUUCGUACUCCAGGUGCUUGCCUAGCACCGCCAGCAGCUCCAACCACUUGCGACAGCUCCGCGUCACUUCGAAACUCUUGAUCUCGCCAUCACCUACCCAAUUCGCCACGACAGUCUCGAAUCUCGCAUACUGCACCUGUAAAAUAUCAACUACUCUAGCCUAAGCAUCGAACCGCACAUACCGCCGCCAUGUUUAUGUCAAGAUCUGAAUAUGAUCGCGGGAUCAACACAUUCUCCCCCGAAGGCCGUCUUUUCCAAGUCGAAUAUUCUCUCGAGGCCAUCAAGCUCGGCUCUACCGCCAUCGGUGUCGCCACGUCCGAGGGCGUUAUCCUCGGUGUCGAGAAGCGAGUGACGUCGACCCUUCUCGAAACAUCAUCGGUCGAAAAGAUUGUCGAGAUUGAUCGCCAUAUUGGAUGUGCCAUGUCUGGUCUUCAGGCCGAUGCACGAUCUAUGGUGGAACACGCUCGUGUCGAGAGUCAGAGCCACUACUUCAACUACAACGAACCUCUCGGCGUAGAGAGCUGCACUCAGGCUAUUUGCGAUCUUGCCCUUCGAUUUGGUGAAGGUGCUGACGGAGAAGAAACCAUCAUGAGCAGACCCUUUGGUGUUGCUCUUCUUAUUGCUGGUUAUGAUGAAAACGGGCCUCAACUGUUCCACGCUGAGCCCAGUGGCACCUUUUACCGCUACGACGCAAAGGCCAUUGGCUCGGGAUCCGAAGGAGCGCAAGCCGAGUUGCAGAACGAAUACCACAAGUCCCUCACAAUCGCAGAUGCCGAAACUUUGGUACUGAAGACCCUUAAGCAGGUCAUGGAGGAAAAGCUAGAUUCCAAGAAUGUGCAGCUUGCAAGCGUCACCAAGGAAAAGGGUUUCAGAAUAUACACAGACGAGGAGAUGGCUGCAGUUGUUGAGCGAUUGCCUACAAACUAAACCUGAUUAAGAAAAAUACGAGCUUCUUUUAAUGACAUUAUAUUCUUCAAGUCUUCGACUCCAUGCCCAAAGGGGAGCCACUUGUAUCGUUUCAUUCGCUUAUCUGUAAAACAAGCCUUAUAUAAACAGGGACUAGUGGUUGAGUAAAGUAUUCAUAUUUCGCUUCGACCUUGACUAUUAUUCCAAGUUCUGCAGUGCCCACAGUCAAGCCUGCCGACCGUUGGUGGUGAGACAGGUGCUGAUCCUCGCUAAGUCUCGGCCAUUUCUACUACAAAGGUUCAUUGAUUCUAUUCUUGCCUCCGACGCCCAUAGUAACUUUCCACUCCUUCAAUGAUGUGCAUCGUUAUCUUCGUCUAGGUCCAAUACCUGCAUAUCUUGCUCAACGCCCAAGAGUCCCAGCGCAUAAUGGGCGCGCUGAUGUGUUGCAAGAACUAUUCGCUUGUCAUUAUCUCCUUCGUCCGAUUCAUGGAUCAUCCUGUCCACUCGGCGAGGGUUUUGCCAGAUUGAAAUGCGAUCGUUUCCAAGAUUGAAGUGACUCUUAUACGGGGCGCCUCCGUUAAGCUGCGCCGCCUUGAUCCAGGCAGAUUCGCAGCCUUCAGCAAUUUGAGCUGCUGUUUUCCAUCCAGUCAGUCUUGUGGUAUCGUGCAUCCGUUUCACAAGCCAUAAUCUCUGGGAAGCUUCUUGGAACUGUAAACGGUUAACAUGGAGUGACCUAAACAUCAAGCAAAAGGCUCCGUACCUGUACACCAGCAACAAAAAGACAAAAUGCGCACUCAAUCAAUGCCGCAGCAACCAGGGGAUUUGCAUCAAGCAUAUGCGUCGUGUCAGGGAGAAGGCCACAAGAAAUCCUCCCAAUCUGAUUUGCAUAUGUCGAUGUCUCCUGAGCGGCUCUUCCCACAGCCUGCAAUGCCGCCCAGGGCAUUCUUGGAUGACAUCUAUAAAGAUGGAUAAGACCCAUGUAGUAGUUCAUCCAUACACCAGCAACCGCGUAAGACCGGUAUUGGAUGACUGUACCAAAAGGUGAGUUUCUGCGGUCAGCGUAUUCGGUACUCAAGGGCUGAAACUCUGGGGAGAACCAUGUUUUAAGCAGAGCAAAUGCUCUGCGUAUUUGCUCCCACUCUUGCAAGGCAGUCUCAAGAGUCCAAGUUGCCUCAAACUCUUCUGCUGUAGACUCGCUCUGAGGAGACACUCCAGGAGGUGGGCUAAACCCCGUAGGAGGCCGGACUUUACCUUGUGUCGGAACGAUUCCAGGAAAUGGUGGUGAUGCUCGUGUUUGUGGUGACGCCUGUGCAGCAUUUUCUUUGUUUUUGCGUACCCGAUCUUUUGCUGAAAAAUUGGCGAGCCGACCAAGCAACAAGACCACAUGAUCAUAUGUUCCGUAACUUUGUAAAUUUAGCAUUGGGAAUAGGACAUCCAUCAGGUCAUUAGAUCUGCUAACGAGAAGCACUUACACUUGCUUAGCUUUUGCAAUAGGUGUUCUUGGUGGGC